AUGGAUUUGUCAACACAACUGGCUGCCAACAUGGAAGACCUGGCUAAACUGUUCCAAACGCGCAUGGAUUCUUAUGAGCAGCGACUCCACCAAGCAGCUUCUACACCAUCCCAUCCAGAUUUGUCCAGUUUGAGCAGUGAGUUCCAUGAUUUUAAAAACUUUGUUUGGCAAACACUCUCCAAAUUCAAAACACAAAUCGAUCUUCUCACUCUGGGACUUGACCGGCACGAGACUUUCCUCCGUAGAAAGAUAUUAUUGUUCCAUGGGAUUACUGAAAAUAAGAAUGAAAAUUUAUUCAAUGUUAUUACUGACAUAAUAAAGGAGCAAUUGAAGAUAUCUGAAUUCACCUCUGAUGAUAUCCAGUCUUGUCACCGACUCGGUUCUCCUAAGGUGAAAGCCCGUACAGUCUUGGUGCGAUUCAAAGAUUUUGUCCAACGCCGUGCAGUCUGGGAUACUAAGACCGAGCUCAAGAGCAGCGGAAUAGUUAUCUCGGAGUUCUUAACAAAAUCUAGGCAUCUUGUGUUUAUGGCUGCACGACAGCAUUUUGGAGUACGCAGCUGCUGGUCCACCGAGGGAAAGAUAGCAGUAAUUUUGCCUGACAAGUCUCGGCGGAAGAUUGAGUGCAUGGAAGAGCUCAAGUCACUUAUGGCCACUUUCCCCGGCGCUGCUAAAGAUACAAAGACAGCCUCUGCCAUGCCAUUAAGUAAAACUGGUGACCCAAGGCAGAGUAAUUUGGAGACCAAACUUCCCAGUGUAGCUGCAUCCUCGCGCCGUACCAGAAGAACCUAG